GGGUACUUCUUAGGAGUGGACGUACCAGAAUAUGAUCCCAACGCGCGGAAGCCUCAUUUUGGACCAAACAUAUAUUGCCAGGGUGGAGGCAGACUAUGCAGGAAUAUCAUAGUCAAGCAUUGAAUGUGGCGAAAUUAGUUGCAAGGAUUAUUGCUAUAGCACUUGAUCUGGAAGCUGAUGUUUUUGAAAAGCCAGAAAUAUUCGGUGAGCCUAUUGCGGACUUGCGCUUGCUGCAUUAUGAAGGUGUAGUCUUUGAUCCCUAUGAAGGAAUAUAUGGAACUGGGGCACAUACAGACUUUGGGUUUCUUACCUUGUUGGCAACGGAUGCUGUCUCAGGUCUCCAGGUAUUUACUAUUCUCCUAUAAACCCGUUGGUGCAGAUUUUAUGCAUAGAAGAAAGAC